AUGCGGACUUUAGCUCAUAUGGUGGUAGAGGAGCUAUGGAGUUUUGUUAUAAAAUUGCCAGUGGAGGAAAUUUCGCAAUUUGUGGGAUCAUCUCCAAUGCUACUCUUUGAUGCUGCACAAUCUGGAAAUCUUGAGCUUUUACUUAUUCUCAUUCGUUCUUAUCCAGAUCUGAUAUGGACGGUGGAUCAUAAGAACCAAAGCUUGUUCCACAUUGCUGCUAUAAAUCGUCAUGAAAAAAUCUUUAAUAGAAUCUAUGAACUCGGGGCCAUCAAAGAUUUGAUAGCUAUGUAUAAAGAGAAAGAAUCCAACGACAACUUGUUGCAUCUUGUGGCACGUUUACCACCUCCAAAUAGGUUACAAGUUGUAUCAGGAGCAGCACUUCAGAUGCAAAGAGAGAUUCUUUGGUACAAGGCUGUUAAAGAGAUAGUUCCUCGUGUAUACAUCAAAACAAAGAACAAAAAAGAGGAGGUGGCGCAUGAUCUAUUUACGAAAGAGCAUGACAACUUACGCAAAGAAGGAGAGAAAUGGAUGAAAGAAACUGCGACUGCAUGCAUUCUUGUAUCAACACUGAUAGCAACUGUGGUCUUUGCAGCUGCCUUUACUCUACCUGGUGGAAACGAUACGAGUGGCGACAUAAAAACACUAGGCUUCCCUACUUUUAGAAAGGAGUUCUGGUUUGAAGUGUUUAUCAUAUCAGAUUCGGUUGCCCUCCUAUCAUCUGUGACAUCUAUUAUGAUAUUUUUGUCAAUCCUGACAUCUCGUUAUGCAGAAGCUAGUUUCCAGACGACUUUACCAACGAAGCUAAUGUUGGGACUUUUAGCAUUGUUUGUUUCAAUUAUUUCAAUGGUUCUUGCCUUCACAGCGACAUUGAUCUUGAUCCGUGAUCAAGAACCUAAAUGGAGCUUAAUCCUCUUAGUUUACGUGGCUUCUGCCACGGCUCUCUCAUUUGUGGUGUUGCAUUUUCAGCUUUGGUUUGACACACUUCGCUCAGCCUAUCUGUCUAAGUUCCUCUUUCAUGGACGUAAAAGUGGCCUCUACCUCUAA